AUGCAGGAGCUGCGACUGCUCUGCUGUGUGGCUCUUCUGGGCCUGACGCGGGCCUGCCCGGAGCCCUGUGACUGCAGCCGGAAGUACGGCUUCCAGAUUGCCGACUGUGCCUACCGCGACCUGGAGGCCGUGCCACCCGGCUUCCCGGCCAACGUGACCACCCUGAGCCUGUCGGUCAACCGGCUGCCAAGCCUGCCAGAGGGCGCCUUCCGGGAGGUGCCCCUAUUGCAGUCCCUGUGGCUGGCACACAACGAGAUCCGCACAGUUGCUGCUGGUGCCCUGGCCUCCCUGGGCCAGCUUAAGAGCCUGGACCUCAGCCACAACCUCCUGUCCGACUUCGCCUGGAGCGACCUGCACACGCUCGGGGCCCUAGAGUUGCUCAAGAUGGAUAGCAACGAGCUGAGCUCCAUUCCCCGUGACGCCUUCCGCAGCCUGCACGCCCUGCGCUCACUGCAGCUCAACCACAACCGCCUGCACACGCUGGCCGAGGGCACCUUCAACCCCCUCACGGCCCUGUCGCACCUGCAGAUCAACGACAACCCCUUCGACUGCACCUGCGGCCUUGUGUGGCUCAAGGCCUGGGCCCUGGCCACGGCCGUGUCCAUCCCAGAGCAGAACAAUGUCGCCUGUACGACUCCCAGCGUGCUCAGGGGCACCCCACUGAGUCGCCUGCCGCCACUGCCCUGCUGGGCGCCUUCAGUGAGGCUCAGCUACCAGCCCAGCCAGGAUGGAGCCGAGCUGCGGCCUGGCUUCGUGCUGGCCCUGCAUUGUGCAGCGGAUGGGCAGCCAACCCCUCGGCUGCACUGGCACAUCCAGACGCCUGGUAGUGGCACCGUGGAGAUCACCAGCCCUAACAUUGGCACAGACGGGCGCGCCCUGCAGGGCAGCCAGCCCCGCUUCCGGGCCUUCGCCAACGGCAGCUUGCUUAUCCCCAACUUCGGUAAGCUGGAUGAGGGUGCCUACAGUUGUGUGGCCACCAAUGAAAUGGGCAGCACCGAGAGCUCAGUGAAUGUAGCUCUGGCCACCCCAGGCGAGGACGUGGUGUGGCAUGGGUUCCGUGGCAAAGCCACUGAGGCCAAGGGCUGCUACACGGUGGACAACGAGGUGCAGCCAUCGGGACCCGAGGACAGCGUGGUCAUCAUUUACCUGAGUCGUGGGGGCAGCCCUGAGGCUGCCGUUGCGGGGCAAGCCUGGGCUGGCCAGCGGCCCCAGAGCAUGCUCCUGGUGUGCCACAGCCUUCUCCUGGUCCUCCUUGCUGCCUUCUAGCCCUGCCCCACCCCCUCGCUGGGACACAGCUUGGCAGGGGCCUUCACAUCCUCCUACCUCCCUCUCCAGGAGCUUGUGGACACCACUUCCCAGGCUCAAAGCUCGUGUCCAGGAUAGACCUGGACUCCAGCGUUUGCUGAUGUCCUGAGUCAUGGCCUGGAUGGUGGGGCUGCAGGCCCAUGACCGACAAAGCCCACAGGAAGGCGGCCACAGCAGACACACAGGGCGUGGAGCAGGACAAUGUGGGGACAGCGGCUGGGGUGGCCCUGAGGAGCCUGGAGCCCACAUCAGCUCUGACCACUCAGGCCACAGGAUCUUUCUACCCCUGUCGAAAAUAGGACCCAAGAGGAUCCCACAGGCCCUCCCUCCUCUGCUCUUGUCCCUCCUCCUGCCACUGCCUCCUGCACCCUGGGCACCUG